AUGAAGGAAACUUUCAGACAACGCGUCUUCUUGGCACUCUGCGGAGAUGACCUGGAGGCAGAGAAGCUCCCCACUGCCUCUGAAGAAUCCGCGGCGGGUCUUGGAACAUUCCUGCCCCACCUAUCUCUCUUUGGAGCCGUCCAGUCACGUCAACUGGGAGAGUUUCUCGACGGGAAAGGCAUAUGCAAGCUGGUGAGCUCGGACAAACCCCAGGCGGUAGAGUCGGCGAUACUUGCUCGCCAGCAGCUGAUGGGUGCCAGCCGCAUGGUUCGCCUUUCCCAGUUGCAAGCUGGGCAAGCCAAGCAGCAUCAUCGAGGCAAGUGCAAAGAAAGCACCGCGCAGAACGUGGCGAGCGCGACCCCCUCCUCCACCAAAGAAGAUCCAGACAUCCGCUUAAAGACGCCAGAGAUCAAGGGCCUGGGCAUAGAAUCGAGAAGCAGAUCAACAGGCACAGAAGAUACCACUUCCACCCGUUCUCCUGUUACUUCCCAAGACACGAGAGAGCCUAGCAUCCUCGAAGAGUAUGAGACUGGGGGAAAGUCUAUCAAAGGGCCUCAGGGAACCCUCAGGAAAGCCUUCAGGGCAGUCCAAAAAUUCUAUGACAACUACACGCUGCAAAAUACUUGCGGGAAACCUCUCGCUAAAUGCUUACGGGUGCUGCCAGGGAAGGGCCACCGGCUUGGGAGUUUCAAUGCAGAGGUAAGCUCCACUUCUGCAGAAACAGCAGAGAUGUUGGGAGGAGGGGGGGAGGCUCAGUUAGCCACCCCUACAGCCUCCCUCCACAAGGCAAUGCGGCGAGUCUUACACUCAGAAGAAAGAGAGGAUCUGGCCAUUAUCUGCGGGACGUGGGAGGAGCUGAGCAGCUGCCUGAAAGCGCUGGAGGAUAUGUGUUUAUCAGAAGGGGGUUCAGGAGCUUCCUCCGAGCUUGCUGUUCAGCACGAAGCCUCAGGGAAGCGGUAUCCCUUCUUUCCUAGGGGGGGCCUCCUGAAGGCCCUCCUGCAUGCAUGCGGCAUCGCGCACUUGCCGACUGAGAAUGCGUCAAGUGCAGCAACCCCCGUGCCCUUUCCCGGCAGCAUCUGGGAGAUACAGCUCCUCCGAGACGCGAAGACGUUGCAAAUCGUGGAGGCCUCGGUAAAGGCUCAGGCUAAGACGGAUUAUCUGAGCAGGGCAUGCACGCACAUCUCCCCGCUGGCGGCAAUCUGGCCGGGAGUUGUGCGUAGGGACUGCUGGUGUGUGGCGAAUGUUGCACAGGAUGCCAAGGGCUUCGUGGCUUUAGACGAAGCUACCAUGCUGGCGGCUGUGUAUGGAGCGACGCCGACGUUGGCUGCCGUCCGCCAGUGGGAAGAGGACAGAGGCCCCAAGCUCGACUUCAACUGCAUGCAACAGUUCAUAGACACCUUCAAAAGUAGAGAUAAGCUCCACGAGCUUGCGGCUCCUUUCGCAAGAUUCGACAAAGAGGCAAGCAACGCAUCACCAGAGGGUGGUCGCGCCUCGACGUCCAGGAACUACAGCUCACGAAACAACAAAUCUUUGCAUAUAGCCUCUUUUUCGACAUGGGGACGGUGUAGCAGCGCAUCCUUUGGGAAAACUGCCUGCGUUUGCGUUGCCUCUGCUGCAGAAGACUGGCCAUAUCAGCCGUCCCUUGUUUCUUGCUCUGAUGGGGAUGGCGGGCUCUACGGACUUGCCUUCGGGGAGACCGUCAACUACUUGGAAUUUAUAUCGAGGGUAACAGACGGCUGCAACGUGCUAGACAUGGGAGCCUUUGAGCCAUCUGAAAGCGUGUCUCCCGCUGCCAAGGCGCCUCCCCCCGCUGAAGGCCUUCCCUCAAGUCAUGAGGGCAGAGCCUUAUCGAGGAGCUGGUCGUGCAGAGACAACAUUCAGUCAUUCCUGUCUAGCGCCUCCCUAAAGGCGUAUUCACCCUCCACAGCCAGCGCAGCUGCAGUUCCCCGACCAGAGACCACACUCCUUGUCAAGCCAAAUCCAGACACGGGAAAGGUGGAGGCUAAGGAGGUCUUGCAACUCCUGGCUGCUACCCAGGGGAUGCGCGACGCCCUCCCAGAGGACGUGGAAGCCUUCAUCGAGGAGGUGCCUGCAGCGGCUGAAGGCAUAGAUCAGCCGCUGCUGGAGGGGCUGCAUCAAUUCAUCAAAUUUCGGCAUAGCAGAUUUGCAGAGGCCACGAACGGUCUCGGGUGGCUGCACAUUGCCGACGCGGAGGGCCUUUUUGAGGACUUUAGUUUUGACGCGUUGCCGCACAAACUGGAGGCUCGUCAAUUCCAGCGUCUGUUGGGUAGUCCUCAGUUGCACUACAAAGACUUUUUGGCCUUCGGCGCGUUUGUAGCAAGGCGCAGGACGGAGUUUGCAGAGCAUGCAGUGAGUUGCGCGCAAGGCAGUGGUGGCUCUAGGACGAUGACGCUCGAGCAGGGAAUUUCUCUGGCUCGUCUUUGGGGGUUCUCGCCGUCUCAGGCGCAAGCCGCAGCGUUGCAGCGGCAGCUGAAAGAUCAGCGGAAGGUGCUGCAGCCGGAGGACCUCCUUGUGAGCUACGAGGACUUGCUGCAAAUGCUCUCCACGAUUCCCUACACGGAAGACAACAAAGACGAAUUGGCACUGCUUUUUAGACAUUUCGAUCCACAGGAUAGCGGGCAGCUUCCCGCCAAGGUCAUUCGCCACUUGCUGCUGACGUUUGGCGAGCCACUGGAGGGAAGCGAAGUCGAUGCCUUCUUUAAGUGA